GUGUCUCAUGUGCUAAAUGUGGCCUACGGAGUCGAUAACCUGUUCGCAGAUCAGCUGGUGUACAAGACUCUGCAGGUCCUGGACCUCCCAGAGACCGACAUCACUUCGUAUCUCGAGGAAUGCGGUUCUUUUAUAGAUCAGGCUCGAGAGCAGGACGGGGUGGUGCUGGUCCACUGUAACGCCGGCGUAUCGCGCUCCUCCUCCAUCGUCAUCGGCUACCUGAUGUUGAGGGAGGGGCUGUCGUUUGACGACGCGUACGGCCAGGUGAAGCUGGCGAGGCCCUCGAUCCGCCCGAACGCCGGCUUCUACCGGCAGCUUCAGAGCUACAAACCUUAGAGCCUCGCAGCGUCUCGCUUCCCUCGACUCAGAGGCAGUUUUUAAACUACGUCUGUGGUUACCACGAGCUGAAGAGCUGAAGUCAAAAAAUACAUCAGUAAGUUUGUUUACAGCUUAACAUUAGUUUUUUAACUUCUAGUGACUGAAUCUGUGCUCCGAAAAUCACAAAAGUGUUGAUUUCUGAAGAUUAUCUCACUGAACAAAAUGUGUAAGUGCCAAAAUUUACUUUCCACAGACCUUAUUUUCAGCUUUAACCCCCUGAAACCUUUAGAUCAGCAUCACUUCUCUUGUGCUGCCCGUAGACGCCUUUCACGGCCAUUUAAAGCUUUGACACGUGAGCACAUUGGUUUGAUUUCUUCCAAAAACACGAGGAAAAAAGCAAUCAGCAACUUGGCAUUAAAUCU